AUGCAAGACUGCAAAGCAAGGCUUAAAGAUGUUGCCUUGAGAAUAGAAGAUGAAAUUGAAUCAAAAGUAAUUGAUAGUUAUAGAAGAGGGCAGAGUACGAGUACUAUUACUGAAAGCUCUCAUUACAUCUUGGGAAAUGCAAUUGAAGAGUUGACGGAGUAUCUGAACGAAGAUUUGCAAAUGAAUGGUAUUCUUUCAUCAAGGGAAAGGAUUGAAAGUAGUAAUAGUUCCUCCCUUCACACAGCCUCAAAGCUUCAGAGCACAAUGGUAGGGUGCACUGCUGAAUUGGAACUUAUCAAACGGUUACUCCUUGAGGACAAAUCUAAAGAAAGACUGGUUGUACCAAUCAUUGGCAUGGCGGGAAUAGGUAAGACAACUUUUGCUCUAACCUUGUACCAAGAUCCAUUAGUUAAAUCUCAUUUUGAUGUUCUUGCCUGGGCAACCGUGUCUACAUCUGCAAGGUUUUAG